CGGGUGGUAAAUAUUUCCGUGGAGGCCUUCAUCAAGCCUAAGCAGCGUGGGUAGUGUGUAAUCGUGUCUGUAACGUUAAAUGUGUAUUUACUCGUUUUUUUCUUUCUAACAAUGCCCUAUGCUAACCAGCCGACGGUGAAAAUUACAGAACUGACAGACGAAAAUGUCAAGUUUGUCAUUGAGAAUACUGAUUUGGCUGUUGCAAACUCUCUUCGUCGUGUCUUCAUGUCAGAGGUUCCCACUAUAGCAAUUGACUGGAUCCAGAUUGACGCCAAUUCAUCAGUACUGCAUGACGAGUUCAUUGCACAUAGAGUUGGUCUCAUACCUCUCACAAGUGAUGACAUUGUGGACAAAAUGCAGUAUUCCAGGGACUGUACCUGUGAUGAUUUCUGUCCAGAGUGUUCUGUUGAGUUGACUCUGGACGUUCGAUGCACGGAGGACCAAACACGUCAUGUCACCUCACGUGAUCUUUUGUCUAACAAUCCCAGAGUCAUCCCAGUGACUUCCAGGAGUCGAGACAAUGAUCCCAAUGACUAUGUUGAACAAGACGACAUUUUGCUGGUGAAACUUCGUAAAGGUCAGGAACUGCGGCUUAGAGCAUAUGCUAAGAAAGGCUUUGGAAAGGAGCACGCCAAGUGGAACCCAACAGCGGGAGUGUCCUUCGAGUAUGACCCAGACAAUGCACUGCGGCACACAGUAUACCCACGCCCUGAGGAGUGGCCAAAGAGUGAAUACUCUGAAAUUGAGGAGGAUGAGGUUCAGGCUCCCUAUGACCCCAAUGGAAAACCAGAAAGGUUCUAUUACAACGUAGAGUCAUGUGGCUCUCUGCGACCAGAGACCAUCGUCAUGUCAGCGCUAGCCGUCCUCAAGAAGAAGCUCAGUGACCUGCAGACCCAGCUGAGUCACGAGAUCCAGAGUGAUGUGCUCACCAUCAACUGAUGGCAUCUCACUAACGGAUCAGGACUUUUAUCUUUAUGAACAGAGGGUUUUAGGGUCACUGGGUCACAUGGUCCACAUCCAAAUGUUGUUUAUGGAUCACCUCCAGCCCCAGCAGUGAUUAUAAGUUGGGUAUGCUCUGGCGCACAGUGUGUGAGAGGGAGUUUGCUGCAGACUGCUACAAAUUUAGUUCUGCUGCAAUUAGUGUAACACUUGAAAAGUUGGACUGUUAUGUUGUUUGAUGCUACCUUUUAAAUAAACUUGGUGUUCGUUUAUGAA